AUGGUCAAAAACAAAAACCAACGUAGGCAACGUCGCUUGCAAACGCAGCGGAACAAAACGUUACUUCAACACCGGCAAAAGGUCAAUGACAGGGUCAAGAGAUAUGUCCUCUUGAGCAAACGUGUCAACCACGAACCACCUUGCAUGCAACCGCUCGAAGACUUGACCAAAAUCGACUUGAGCCAGUUGGGCACGAACGGCCUCAAGAAUGACACCGUUCUCGUGGUCCGCCCGAUCAGAGCCCCCGUCCAACUGGGACCACUUCUACCCAUCAUGAAUGUGGUCGAAGACAGCAAGUCCCAUGUCAUGCAUAUCGAAGUAUACUUCCCAAGUACCAUCCCCUCUACAGCCAUCCUAGCAAAAGACAUCGUCCUAGCGAUCAAAACACCCACCUACGAGAUGGGUAAACACGGACCUUGCAUCAAAGUCUUCCACCCUUCCGACAUCAUCAUACUCGAACAGGGUUAUGAGCUCAUACCCAAGGCUUUUGAAACGGCUCCCGAAUCGACUUCCAAGUCUAUCUGGGACUGGAAAGAAGAAGCUGAGCUGGCAUCCAAUCAUGAAGCCUACUCAAAGGCUCUUGACAGCUAUUCCGAAGCCAUCGAUCUCGCAGUCGCCAACCAGGAAGAACACCACCAACUAGCGACUCUUCAUCAUGCCCGCUGGCUUUUGAAGAUGCUACGAUCUCGAUCCGAAGCUGCAGCGACGAAGACUUCAGGAGGGAUGGUCGCAAACCUCAUGAUACAACUGGUCAACAUUGCCUAUCAAGAAAAGAAGUUUGAUCUAGUACAUCGACGCCUGGAGCGUCUUUUGUCGCUUCUUCCAGAGAACAACCAAGCUGUGGGCUUGUCUAAAGAGGUCGCGAGCAGGAUCCAUGAGGAUCAGCAUGGGCUUUACGACUUCCCUGCUAUGGGGGUUGAGUCAGUUCCCCUCGACCACGCCAGCUUCACGAGAUUGACGGAAGUACGUGCGUCAGAUGAUCGUGGACGAGGACUGUUUGCCAGGUUCAAGAUUCCUCGUGGUGGCCUUGUUCUCUGCGAGCAACCUUUCGGAGUCCGGCAGUCGACCACAACUACGAGGCCUUUGAGCUCCAGUAAUGCUUACACUGAGUGCAAUGCAAACACAAGAAUAUGGCUUGACAUUGUUCAGAAGAUUUUUGCAAACCCAUCCCAAGCUGGAAGACUGUUGUCUUUGCAUGCAGGAUCGGAAUAUUCACCUUCAAUCACGAACAGGGAAUCAAACACACUCAGCAUCUUCGUUCAAGCUUCCUACAUGAAUCAUUCGUGCGUCCAGAAUACCUCCAGGUCCUUCGUGGGAGACAUGAUCGUCGUUCGAGCCAACAGCGACAUUCCAGCAGGUACCAAACUCACAACCUCGUACGUGCCAGCUAUCUCCUCGGAACCAAACCGGCAUGCGGAACUUCUCGGGAGUUGGCACUUUGAAUGCGCAUGUCCCUUGUGUGAAAGCGAAAAACAUUGCCGUGACGACUUAGAAGAGCUCUUCCACAAGGUCGCAAGGGCAUGUCCAGCGAGAAGCAUUGACCCGUAUAUGGCCGUUGAGGAGGUGAAUGAGCUUAUCAAAGAGCUGGAGAAGGUGUACUCUGAUUCCACAUUCGACAACGUACCUCGUAUAGGCAUGCAGGAUCCCCAGGCCUCUCUGCUGGAUUUGUGGAACCCAUUGAGGAACCAUGCAAGGAUCCGUGAGCAUACGACUGCGUUGCUUCGUGAGAGGGGCUACUGGAUCGUGGUCACGAGUGGUGGUGAUGGCAAGCUUCAGCUUGAAGGUGAAUGUGGUAUGCCUCAUCGAACAGUCGUGAGGGCAUUGCACAGCCUUGCGCGUUUCCCAGAGACUGGCAGUCGUCGUGAAGAGUCGAGAGAGUACCUUGAAAUGGCCAAACAGAUGUGGAACGUUUUCAACGAUACAUGCAUCACGUGGGAAGAAGAGCUGGAGACGUUGGAUGAAAUCAUGUAG